AGAUGAUCGCCAUUCGACACUCCAGGUGCUCCAGGUGCAGAUCCUAUCAGCUGCUACUCGGCCUGCUCCUGCUGCUGCCGCGUCUCUGCGAUGCCGUCAAUAUGCAACAGUUUCUCCAAUCGCUGGACAUGAUGCGCAAUGGUUGCUUGCAAAAGCAUAAGGUGCCCAUUGAUAUAUUGGAUGGCGUACGUGACGGCGAUUUCCCCGCGGAUCCCACUCCAGACAUGCUGUGCUAUACGAAAUGCGUGGCUCAGCUGGCUGGCACACUGACCAAGAAGGGUGAGUUCAGUGUGCCAAAGGCCAUUGCCCAGAUGCCCAUCAUAUUGCCACCAGAGCUGGUGGAACCCGCUAAAGCAGCGCUAAAUCAUUGCAAGGAUGCACAGAAAGCGUACAAGGACACAUGCGAGAAGGUCUACUAUAUAAGCAAAUGUAUAGCGGACUUUGAUCGUGCACACUUUAAAUUUCCAUAGCAACAAAAGCGUAAUAAAGAAAAGGAGUACAGUCGUUGGCUACUUGGAUUUUACUUACUCUGUCGCUUCUCCUUGCCCUGUGAAUAGAGUAGAAACGUGUGUGUUUAAAAUUUGUUAAAUGAUUUGAAUUGUACGAUAAGUUCUGAUUUAACGGAUAAUAAAUGAUUAGCCAACC